CCGAUGCGCUCGACAGGUGGCACCGUUGCCGGGGAGAACGGAAGCUUACCGUUGUCCCUGGUGGAACGACAUCCGGGUGCGAGAGUGAGGGAAAACUAGGCAUACGAGUGAGUAAGAGAGGGACUAUGAGACGGACUGUAUGGUGAUCUAUAUGACUAUGGGCCGGAUGAUUGAUUAAUUGGCGGUUUGGUUGACAGUUUGAAUGAAGUAAGUGUGUGAGGAAGUCCUAUGGUGAGGGGAGAUUGAAGCUAAAGGCGGUUGGCCAAAAUGCCAGAGGAGAUGACGGAUGGUGGGAGGAAGCUUGUGACUCUUGAUGACCUCAUCGACGCCCUGGACAAGCGUGAGAGGGCGUCGAGCAACGUCCCAAAGGUCGAAACAUUCCACUUCAAGGGGGACCGGGUAUCUGAUUGGUUGGAUCUGACGGAGCAGGCGCUGGUGGGACUAUCAGAUGAGGUCAAGCUCCAGCGGGUCCUGAGGAAAGAAGUGGUGGAGGUUGAAGAAGAGGAAGAUGAGGGUGAUGACGAAGAGGACGAGAAGCUCCGGCAAGAGGAGGACCAAAGGGUGGAGCAGAGGGCCAAGAAGAGAGGGGCUCAGGGAGGGGCAGAGUCGAGCCUGCAUGAUGGCGUGCCAAAGAGGAAAAAGUACGCAGUCCGACUGGAGGAAGGCUUUGACGUGGAGCGAAUGGUGGACAAACUCCUAGAAGGCCAUAACGAUUUGAUGAAUCUGAAGGACAUUUUGGCCUCGGCACCAAGGCUCCGUGGUGAGCUGAAAGGGCGGCUCUCACGGAGAUUAGUGCCCAAUGUCCACUUGAGCUCAAUUCUGCCUAGGGAGAUAGAGUGGACAGAGUCAGGCACCAGGAUGGAUUGGAAAUGUGUGGCAUGUGGGUUGGUGAAAUUAAAGGUGAGGGACCAGCCGAGCAUCGCAAUGGUGGAUACGGGCGCGGAGAUGAACAUCAUCCGGGAGUGGGACGCGACCAUGUUGGGGUUGGAGGUCGACCAUUCGGACCAUGGCAUGUUGCAUGGCGUCAACUGUAAGGCCAUUUUUUGCGGCACCGCGUCUAAUGUGAUGGUGGAGAUUGGGAGAGUAAGGGCGCGAACGUGCUUCUUCGUCAUGCCCGACGUCGACCACCCUAUUCUUCUGGGGAGGUCGUUCCUCUGCCGAACGGAGACCUUGGUCUUCAACAGGCAUGAGGGGACGAUGAUCCUAGCUCUAUCUGAUCCGGCUUGUGGAAACUAUGAAAUCAUCAAGUGUCGGAACACGGGGCCCGGAAGUGGAAGGAACAGGCUCAACCUCGACUCCUUUACCUUCGAGGAAUUUGAGUAUGUGCGACGGAGACUCCGGGAGGAACAGGAGGAGGAAGGAGCAGGCGAGGUGCUGUCCUUGAGCCUUAAUGAUGUAAAUAAGGCAAUGGAGGUGGUGGCGGCGCAUGAUAUGGCGGACCUUGAGGCCAUAAAGGCGUUGAGAGAACAGGUCCUAGAAAGCCCUCAGGAUUUGCAACGCUUGAAUGCAGUAACGGUGCGGGACACGGGAGGAUUGCCGAACGCAAACACCCUGUCAGAGUCAUGCGCAGGAAGGCCUAUAAUCUCACUUAUAGACCUUUACUCUGGGUAUGACCAGUUUCCCGUGUACCCACCGGAUAGGCCGGUGACGGCGAUGCAUACGCCGAGGCUGAUCCACAUGAACGUGGCACCUCAGGGGUGGACCAAUGCGGUGGCGAUGGUGCAAAGGCACAUGAUUAGGGCCAUGCAGACGGUUAGUCCGCAUAUUACUCAGCCCUAUAUUGACAAUUUGGCGGUCAAGGGCCCAAAAGAGAAGGAGGAAGAUGAAGUGAUGCCAGGGGUGAGGCGGUUCGUCUGGAAGCACGUCCAAGAUCUCGAUCAAGUUCUGGGUCUGUUGGAAGAGCACAACCUGACGGCAAGCGAUGUGAAGAAGACGGACAAGAUCCUAGAGUGGUCAGUCCCCUUCCAAUCGAUAACGGACGUGAGGAGCUUCCUUGGGACCUGCGGGUUUUGGAGGAGUUUUGUGAAGGACUUCGCCACCAAGACGGAGCAUUUGAGGAAGCUAGUACGUCAGGACCAGGAGUGGGUCUGGGGCGAAGACCAAGAAAACGUUGUGGGAAGGAUGAAUAGAGAAUUCAAGGAAGGAGGCUUGGUGUUGGGAGCGCCGAAUUACGAGGCCACGGAGGAGAAGCCAUUCGUUGUCGAGACGGACGUUGGGCCAACUGCCUUAGGAGGGGUCCUGAUUCAGGCAGAUGCGGAUGGGAAGGAGUGGCCGUUAAGGUCUGACUUUUCGAAGGCAGUCAUGCAGAGGGGCGGGAGGGACACACGGCCACGCCAGGGGCCCCAGAGGAUGGAGGGAAGGGGCGAGCAGCACGAGCCGCAUAGGAGGGAGCCUGCGCCUGAGUUUGAUGACGACAACAUUGAGCUCUUCUUGGACGUAUAUCGGGACCAUGCAGCACAGAGAGGGUGGUCACUUGAGGGGCAUAGGGCGGUUCGUGGAGCCUCUCCAGAGCCAGCACAGCGUUCAUGGCCAGAGGGGAUUCCUGGGCCAGGCAGUGAGGAGAUCCCGGAGUUUCCCCCUGAGGCCGCCACUAUACCUGAGCAGGAGGCAGAGGCGGAGGACCAGGGCUUGUGUGAGAGAGCGAGGAUGGAGGCGCCCCUUGACUUGCCCUCGGCCACCCAGGCGACCAAGAGCCCGGACAUCGAGGAGCCCGUUUCAGCAGAGUUACCGCCAGUAGUGCCGCGCGCGAGCACAAGGAUGGAGGCGGAGGCGUCGACUCCAGGAGACCAAGAACCGCGAAUGGGAGGAACCCCAAGAGAGACCCGCGAAGAGAAGUCCGCCCGAAUGCGGGUCCGUCUGGACGAGAUAUACGCAAGACAGACUGAUAUGGAGGCGGCGGGGAUAGAGCCGACACCGCCGGUCGAGCCCAAGACGAGUGAACAAAGGAUCGACGAGUUGUGGGCUAGGUAUGAGAGCCAGAGGGAUGCAGCCCGCCAGAGGUUACGAGAGGCGGGACAGGCGGACGAGGAGAUGAGUGAGUUGAGAGAGAUGGGGGACUUGGGGUUCUCCACGACCAGGCAGGCGAUUGGGCGCAUGGAUCGGAGGGUAUGCGAGACGGCAGUCACAACCUUCCAGUGGUAUAAUCUACUCAGCAAUGAGCUCAGAGUUAAGGAGUUGGAGGUGGAGCACCUGACUACUCAGCUUGCCGAGGAGAGGGUAAGGAGUAGGGCUAGAGAGGUUGAGUGGGAGAGGAGAUUUGGGGAGAUGGCGGCCGCUGUGGGUAGGCUCUCGGCAGCCUGGGAGGCUAGUCGGAUGGGGCGAGCCGGUGCCGAUAGCCAGGGCCGAGGGGUGCAGGCUUCGCAGGGUCAAGGAGCAUCGGUGGAGGUCCUUCGACAAGCCGAGCCAAUGGAGGAGGCGCCCUUGGACGCAGUCGAGGAGGAGAGUGGCGCGCAGGAGUCGCUUAUGGCUAUGUCCACGGAGAAGAGAGGUUCGCGCUUGCAUGAGCUGGCGGCAGCCAUGGGGAUAGGCACUCCACAGGAGGGGCCUCAGGGACUCAACGCGCAUGCCCCGAGGUUGGGGGAGUUGAGGGCGGAGCUGGGCUCCUGGGCCACGGGGACCGACUCAGGAGGGCCUGACUCGCAACGGCAACAGCAGCAGGAGGUCAUGAGUGAGCCCGCCGCUAUGGGGGGCUCUCAGCCGUCAGGAGUAUGUAAGGAUGAGGCGAUGAUGACAUAGAGGGCGCAUGAAGAGGGACCCGAGAGUUGGAUACGCCAGAGCGCGGGCCAGG